ACUUGAACAACUAUUUAUUUGUAACGGCAUAAACACUUUUAUCACAAAAACAUUCUCACAGAGGCAACGUAGUUUUCGGCGAUUACGAAAGAGACGAGCUCGAAUGCAAGACGUCACUCCGAGAUCUCGCGUCCGGGAAGGAGUGUGAACCGGCUGUCUUGUUGAUGCCGAUCGCUGAUGUAUUGCUGCACCCUGAGUAUAAGCACUUUGGUGUGAAGAAUAGCAUAGCUUUGUUGAAGUUGCUGACGCCUGUUAAGUCUUAUUACAUGGUACCAGUGUGUCUUCCCUUCAAAAACUUUAUAGUAACCAAGAGCGGCAAGCAAACCACUGAGAAGAUACUUCAUAUUGACUUUUCAAGUGAUGUACCAAGAGACUUUAUUGAAGAAGAAAAAGAAGUGACAAAUUUAAGAUUACUGCCGAGGGAACUAUGUUAUCUGUACGAUAGUCAAAUUAAACCCAUUAACUCAACACAAAUACGCAAAGACCGCAUUGCAUGUACCACUGGAUGUGGAUUCCAUUCCGGGUCUCCGAGUUUUGUUCAUGAGCAUACUGGUCAUUGGUCCAUUGUCGCUUUAUCUCAAGGUGGAUCCCCAUGCCCAGAUCCUCUCCGUCUCCGCCGACCUCCACCACCACCUCGCCACACUCUCAUACACCCAUAUGUUCCCUGGAUAACUGCUGCUAUUACGGGAAAAGCUGUCGGUGCUUUCUCUAAGGAUGAUCCUUUUGGUUACGUAAUGCCCCGUACCUCAAUCUACGAUCUGAUCGCGCACACGUGGGUCGGCCACUGGUGGAUGGGCGGCCUGCGCUGUUACGACCGAGGCGACUCAGCUGACGACCUGUUUAGAUUCUACCACGAAGUGUUCCAAGUUAAACCCUCGUCUUAUACGUAUUUGAAUUAUUAUCUUGAGAUAAACGCAGCUCACGAUACCAUGAUAAUCUGCGUGAAGGUCGGGAUGCCGUACCGUCUCGGUCAACCAAGAGUAUGGCAGUUAGAUACUACAGAAGUAAAGGUAGCUAUCCCGCUGGUGACCUUCCAGUCCACAUAUCGUUUCCAAGUUGAAGCCUGGGCGUAUAAUUCUACAGAUUCGCUGUCUUCUACUGUGUCUUCCACGUCUGAAGAAGAUGAGGAUUAUUAAAUAAAUACUUUUUGUUAAA